AUGUCCGACCAACCUCGUCCCCGUAAGCGGAACAGACUGACCAAGGUCUGCCGCCGGUGUCGGGCGAAGAAGUCAAAGUGCGAUCUCCAGCAGCCCUGCUCCCAAUGUGUCAAGAGAGGUUGCCCGGAACAAUGUGAGUAUGGGCCUCCGGUGAAGAAGGAGGCGCCGAUGCUGAGAACGUCGUCGGUGGUGCUGGGCGCGUCCAAUGGGUCUGAUCUGCUUGAAAAACUGCUGCCCAAUGACUUGAAUGCCAAUAUUCAAAGACACCUCAGUGCUCGAAGCAGAGCCCAUACUCAGGGCCUGAUCUCCACAUCCCACAAUUCGCCUCCUACGCCGUUGCCGACCGUCGUGCUAGAGGAAAACGAGUACUUGAUUGGCGUCAAUCCCAUCGUCGGCACGGGCGACGUGCUCAACUUCCACAUGGACUUCCUGGUGCUACUGCAAGGCAUGAACUACACGCUCAAGCGGUUUACGGGGCUCAAGCGCACCGCCAGACCGCUCAUGUUCAUUGUUUUAUCUCAGCAGGAACCGGGCGCUCGUUUGUUCUGGGACUACGAGGAGUCCAGCUCCAUGAAGCUCAUCACGGUGUCUACUUUCGCCAAACCCGUGCAACAGUCCACCAUCGACAAUGUCAAGCAGGUCUUUGCCGAUCGCUACAUCCCCAGCUACCAGGAAAUAGCGGCCGCAGGCGGCUCUUUGACCAAACGGACUCGAAACCUCAUCUCACAGUACGGCUUUCCCUUGGCCAUCACCUUCACAAAAGACUUUCACGAGUCCGACCCAAUCCCCGUCUCUCUCCGCAAAGUGCUUCCGCCAAAGCUCCUGGUAGUCGCCUUGAUGAGACGCUUUUUCCGCAAGCUCUACGCCCAUUACCCCAUUAUCGACGAAAGCUGGACCUACGCCCAGAUCGACCGCAUCGUCCAGUACUCGCCCGACGGCCAGGUGGUUGAAAAUGUCAACAUCCAGAAUAGAGAGGACCUUGCCGUGCUAGCGUACGUGCUCAUCAUUUUACGUCUCUCAUACAUGAGUCAAUUUUCCAAUGUCAAGGACCACAACGAGGCCAAGCUCAGCAUGAUGGGCACUUUUGCUGACGAGGAGCACUUCUCCAUGCAAUUCCCCAUCACCAUGGAUGCCAUUGAGUUGGCUGCCAGCUUCUUGCAAAAAGCUCGACUGCCGCUCAAAACCUCCUUUGUCGUGCUCCAGGCCUCCAUCUUCAUGUGUGUAUACCGCUCGGUCGCCUUGGAGAGCGAGGCUGGCUGCAACACAAUGGCUACCAUUGAAAAUUGCGGUAGUUUGACGCAAAUGGCAAUUUCAUUGGCUCUUGAUAGAGACCCCGACUCCUUGUGGGACCCAAUGGACGACAAAACGAAGCUCCUACGCCGUAAAGUCUGGUACUUUUUGGUGACUUUGGACUUCAACACCUCCUAUCAAUUCUUCUGUCCGCUCACGAUCCGACCCAACCUGUACGAUACUAAAUUACCGGAGUACACGAACGGCAUUUCCAACAUUGCCGACGAGCAGUUUGAGAAACAGACCAUUGCCUCGUUAGCGAAAAUCUACCAAACACAACUAGCUGGCCUCGCACUUCUUGAAAUUUGUGUCGAUCUUCAGAAUUUACAUAAGAGUUCGGACUUGGUUCAAUGUCUCAACGAUUUUGAGUAUAAGCUCGGGCAGGCAUUCGGUGUGGUGCCUGACUAUUUCAACGACAAAACAGCGAAUGUCCACCCGUCGAUCAAGAUUCUCAACCUACGAAUUCUUGUCACAUUGAGGCUCUUCAUCGCCACUAUUUAUUACUUCUUGCACAUGUUCUACAAGUACAAGGGUGACCACAGUUAUGAUUUUUUCUUUUUCAGAAAGAUGGUGCUCAUUGUAUUCAGCGAGAUGAACUACUUUUGUUCAGAGUUGUUCUUCAUUUGCGACAGGUUCUUUGACGACACGUUCACCAUGAUCAUGUCCCCAUUGAUCCUAUUUUACACUCACAUCAUUGCCGUUGCAUGUUUGGGAUUUGCAAUUCGACUCAACUGCAGCUUAAUUGUGUUGGAGAGCUCAGGAGAAACUAACAGUUCCAUGGUCAGUUCGCUCAAGAGUCUCGAAACCAAAAACGAGUUUUUUGUUUUGAGAAAACUCAAGCUCAACAAGUUACUUGGCGAGCGGUACUUUUAUGCUUGGAAGACGACAAAAUCUAACAGCUUCGGCUACAACAUGGUGUACCAGAACAAGCUUUAUAAUGCCGACAUUGAUUUGCUCAAGAAGGCCAAUGUUACCUGGACUGAACGUCAGCAGUACGAGCUUGAAAACAUUAUCCCUACUGAUGUCCCACCAGAACUCUCGAAUGCUGGCGACAUCGGGCACUUAUGUUACUAUAGUAAUCGGUCGAUUGACGAUGCUGAUCUUCGAGGCAUAGACCUUGCUAAAACCGUCCAGACAGAUAAUUUGUGGAUCAACUUCAAUUACCUUAUAGAUGUUGAUCCAUACUCGACCAACUUUCCCAAGCGAGUGGCGAUUGAUUCGUUCCCUUUCAAAAAUGCUCACCGAGAUGCUACUAGACCUGUUACGCCACGGUCUGAAACAACGCUGUCGUUCAACGAAAAUGUUGCUCAGAGCCCAAAAGACGUGAAGCCUUCUUUGGUAACUCCCACGCCGGUGGAGCAACAGCCUCAACAACCACUCUUUGGUGUGACGCCUAACGAAUUGCUAGACUUCAACCUUUUCAGCACGGACUGGACAAUCGAGGACUUCUGUCCGUUGCAGCACUACGAAUGA